CCUUCUCCUCCGUCUCUCGUUAGCUUUGACGAAACUCCUCUCUCUUUCUCUCUCUCUCUCUCUCUCUCUCUCGUCUCUGCGCCUACGGUACGCAUAGCAUUCAGCGACAGCGGCUGCUUCGCUUCCCUCACCAUCUUUUUCCACAACCAGACGCCAAAGAUUCUUCCUUCCCCCGUUUCGUAUAGAGAGAGAUAGAGAGAGAUUAGUUAAACAGCUCUCCUAGAGAGAGAAACAGUCAAGGGUUUUAGGUGGUGAAAACGCAGGUACUUUGAGGAAAAAAGAUUAAGAAUCUCGAGCUUUCGACGUCAAGAUAUUUUAAUCUUGAUCGGGACAGCAACUUGCCCUUUUCAAUGCUCCUUCCGGGAACAAUCCUGUUUUGUGAGUGCUCGCUAUUUGCGCGAGUUUGGUGAUUUCUGCCUGAGAUGUUAGGGGAGGAAGAUAGAGACCGGCCUGCCGGUGCCACCCGCAAAACUUACUUGCGCUCUGUUUCGUGGACGGACCGGUCGCCAUUCAAGCCGAACCCGAGGUCCCAGCCGAAUAACAAGGCGCGCUCCUGUUUACCGCCUCUUCAGCCCCUCUCUAUUUCUCGCCGGAAUGUCGAGGAGUGGCCUAGAGCCGGUUCCGAUGACCUCGGCGUGUGGCCUAACCCUCUGACCCCAAGGGGGCCGGCGACGAAGCAGCUCAAUAAUUCGAAUUCAGAAACUCCAGCCAGGGAAUUUCAGUUCAAGAGGGACAAGCUCGCUUUUUUUGAUAAGGAGUGUUCUCGGAUAGCUGAUCACAUAUACUUGGGGAGUGAUGCUGUGGCUCAAAACCGGGAAUUGUUGAGGCAGAAUGGGAUUACGCAUGUUCUCAACUGCGUGGGCUUCGUUUCUCCCGAGUAUUUCAAGAGCGACCUUGUGUACAAGACGCUUUGGUUGCAAGAUAGCCCAUCUGAAGACAUAACGAGCAUUCUUUAUGAUGUGUUUGAUUAUUUUGAGGAUGUUAGAGAACAGGGAGGGCGAGUUCUUGUGCAUUGUUGCCAGGGCGUGUCUCGAUCGACCUCUCUGGUCAUUGCCUAUCUCAUGUGGAGGGAGGGCCAGAGCUUUGAGGAUGCGUUUCAAUAUGUGAAGGCUGCAAGAGGGGUGACAAACCCUAAUAUGGGGUUUGCUUGCCAACUUUUGCAGUGCCAGAAGCGGGUGCAUGCGGUGCCUUCAAGCAUGACUCCCGUGCUGAGGAUGUAUCGGAUGGCCCCACACUCACCUUAUGAUCCUCUUCAUCUUGUACCAAAGAUGUUGAGCAAUCCAAGUGCAGAGAAACUCGACUCUCGUGGAGCAUUCAUCGUGCAUAUUCCUUCUUCCAUAUAUAUCUGGAUUGGGAAAGGUUGCAAUACCGUGAUGCUAAAUAAAGCGAAGGAGGCUGCUGGUCAGGUUAUCCGGUACGAAAGGGCGCAGGGUCCAAUUGUGAGCAUUAAAGAAGGUGAGGAGCCUUUUGAGUUUUGGAAUUCUCUUGGCAAUAGACAACUAUUCUCAGAUGAAUAUGAAAGUGCUGAAGAAGAAACUUCAUCGGCCAAACAUGAUGCGAGUAACACGAGUAUCAGGGUUGGUGAAAGAAAAGUUGGUGCAUAUGAUUUGGAUUUUGAGAUAUUUCACAAAGCACUUGCUGGAGGAGUGGUUCCACCCUUUUCUGUAUCGAAUACCAGUUCAGAAACGUGCCUUCCUGCAAGAGAAAACGGGUGGGAUAGGCUUCGGCAGAAGUUUGCCAGUGGCAUGAUGAAAGAGUUUGUUACAGCAUCCAAAGUGAGAUGCGAUUCUUCUCCACAUAAUGACAUAGUCACUGGUAUGGCGGAUGAAGGAUCAGAAGACCAUGAUUCACUGAAAGAUCCUUCUUCACCAUCAACCCCAUCAAGCUAUCCAUGUGGUUCACCAGAUUCCUUUAGCUAUUUCCUCAAGGGCGGCUCAGAUGUGACAAGGGAUGACUAUAACGAGGAGGUUGAGAGUGUCACUUGCACUGAUCCUUUUUCGUCACCAAUCCCAACGCCUUGUAGUUCACCAGAUUCUUUCUCUUGUGUUCCUGUCAGCCCUAUAAUCAGGUCUAAGUCCCCUGCACUAUCACCUUCGACCUCUGAUUAUGCCAGUUCAUUUACCUUUUCACCCUCUUCCUCUAAUUGGUCCGACUUGUCGUACUUUUCUUCCCAGCACCCUUCACCUUCUGGUUUGGAACAAACAGAUCCUUUUAAUGUUAAGCGUGUUCCUUUGUUGAUUAGUUCUUGUUUACCUUAUAAAAAGACUCCACCUUCACCUAGAGAGCCCUGUUCUCCUACUCAGGCCUUGACGGCCACAGAUGCUUCUUUGCCCUGUAAAGGGGCCUCUCCAUCAAUAGCUGAGCGCAGAGGAAGUGAUCCUCCUCCUAGAAUGAUGUUGGCCUCAGUAGAUGAACCACCUCGUGCUCACCGAAAUUUGGUAAGGUCAUGGUCGUUUUCUUUAGAUGACAGCCUUAUGGAGGACAGCGAAUGCAGUCAAGCAGAUACUGAAGGCCCUGAAGGAUAUACAGAAGUGCUAAUGUCAGAUGCUGACUCCAUGAAGGCUGGCAUGGAGUUGGAAAAUGGAGUUGAAGCGAUGGUUGACAGGGAAUUCCCUGCAUAGGAGGGGUACGAGGAUCUAAGGUUGAGCAGUCCGUGAUGUUCUGCAGUUGCACAGUGCGAAACUGAUCCUUCAGUUCAAAUGGAUUUUGCCCACAUGCUGAAAGACCGGUGACGCCAGAGUUUAAAUUACAUAAUGCACUUACGGAUGGUGAGGGAAGAACCCCGACAUCUUUUAUCAGCAGAACAGAUCCCACAACCAAGAUUGACGUAUUCAUGACCAUCGCGGACUCGGAUAUGCGAUCGCCUGGAUCUGUUGGAAGUAAUGUCUCGAGACUCGAGAGCAUCUUUUGGCAUCCCAGGCAGUGCAAGUGAUGCUGCUUGUGCGAUGGUUUGGGAGGGACGGAAGCUGUUAAUAUACAAAGUCAUGUAUAGAAAACAAGCCUGCUGUACACUUAAGUAUUGGUAAAUAGCGUCAUGUAACUGAGCAAUUGGGGAUCAAUCGAAUAAGUUUCGAAUCAAAUAAAGCCAUUUGAGAGCACUUUUUUCUUCUA